GCCGCCUCUUCCCGUCCGCCCCGGCCCGGCUCCCGGCUCUUCCCGGCGGCAUGGCCGUGUUCCACGACGAGGUGGAGAUCGAGGACUUCGAGUACGACGAGGAGACCGGCACCUACAGCUACCCGUGCCCCUGCGGGGACCGGUUCCUCAUCACGCGGGAGGACCUGGAGAACGGGGAGGACGUGGCCACCUGCCCCAGCUGCUCCCUCAUCCUGCGCGUCAUUUACGACCAGGAGCAGUUCAUGCGGGAUGAAGUCGUGGCGGAACCUUUGCAAAACAAGGAAUUGGUCAAGUGCUGAUGAAUGCAUCGUGGACUGGGCUGCUUUGUGAUGAGAAAGUAUGGGGAUGGUGGCUGCGGGAAGAGCUGUGGUUCUCCUUCUGGAAGUGCUUGCUGCUGUGGGAUACAAGUGCAACAAUUGUCUGGCUUCUGAACAUGAAUGAGAGUUUGCUGGGACAUCAGACACAUGAAUGCAUUUUGUUCCAAAAGGGUAUACUAAAAAAAAUAUAAGUUGCUGUAUGUAUUCCAGAAGACUUGAGGGUUAUGAUCCUAAUUUACAGCAAGUCAAUACACAGAAGAGGAUUGUGGAGUUGGGAAAUUAUAACAUUUAGUCUAGCAGUGGCUUCUUAGCCUGUGGAGAAAAAUAGGCCUUGUGUUGGUCUAUGCGAGUGUGAAAUGGCACAGAGAGCUGAAAUGUUGGGAGGCAAGACUUAGGGGUCCACGGGACACAAAGCCAUACGGAGUUGACAGAGUGCAGCUUCUCCCAGGAUGUGGUCUCGUGUACUUCCAGCCCACACUGAAUAUGGGGAGAAAACAAGAGGCCCAGAGCCAACAUCUCCCAAGUGUUGGUAAAUUGUCUUUAUGCCUGUAAGCACAGGGAAGGUGCAGUUGUCUGUGUACCUGCAGUGGGGGCAACACUUGAGUUGGGGCAGAUUUGUUUCCUAAAUUGCUUGUAAAGUUGAUUUGAAAGAACUUUGGUAGUUGUUACCAAAUGACUCUGACAUAAUAGUGAUACACUUUUGAGGGUGUUGUGUGAAAUGGAGUCAACUUUUUUUACCCCUGCACAACUACUAAUGUGCAGAUAGACUGGAACUCGAAGUGGGUUCUAUUUUGCCCCUGUAUUCUCAACAGCUUCGUGAUUUGACUGCUGCAGUAGAUACAAAAUGGGCUGCAGUUCUUUGUGCCAUUUGUAGUAAAUUUCUCAGCCUUCCUAUAUUAGAUUCUGUCACUUCCUGGAUAGGACACAUUUCACUUAAUUAACAAAAGGAUUUUUUAGACUAGGAAAGAAUCGUGAGAACAUACAAUUUAAUUCCACAUUGAUUCCAAGAUUACUUCUUUCAAGCCCACUGCACUUGAAUAUUUACUUAAAAUUGUGGUCAUUCCUGUGUUUUAAUAGGUUUUGACAUCUGUGAAGUUAAAUUUGGGGAAAAGUACCUGUGAAGAGUUUAUAUAGCUGUUUUGCUCCAGGCACUAAAGAUAAGUAAGUUUUACUGGAUUCUUGCAUUUCGUUUUUUUUGUUCUUACAGCAUUCUGUGAAUGUUGAAGAUGAACAUUCUAGUUAUUUUAAAAGAAAGAAAACCCCCUACAUCUAGUUGAAAGUUUUGAAUGCAGUAAACACAACCCAGAGUGUUUCCAUGCUUAAACCAGGAGGUGGCACCCGUGUUCCUUUGACAUAUGUGCUUAAAAAAAAAUGUUGUGGUACUUUGGUUAGCUAUGCCUUAUCGAAUAUUUAUUUUGACUAUUUAAAUAAAGAUAUUUAAGAUUCCA